GGGGCAGUUGGCUCGAGGGCAAGAAGACCACUGCGUCUGGGAAGUCCCAGCGAUGAUUGCGUGCAGGCUUGAGCAUGGGGAGCCAUCAAGCUGCAGUGGCGAUGUGUUUUCUGGGCUCCUGCAGGGGCUGCAGCGGGGACGGUGCAGCAGCAGCAGCAGCAGCAGCAGCAGCAGCAUGGGGCUGCUAGUUCUCCACAGUGGCUGUUUGUGAGAUUAAGCGCUACUUAGCUCCGUGUGUUUGUGUCUGUGUGCGGACGUAGGGCGCUCCUAGCCGCGUCAGGUGGAUGCGCUGCAGCGAUCCACUUCGCCCCUAUGGAUCGCGUCCAUGGAUGUCUUCAAACCCGCUUUGGACCACAGUUUAAGUCCCAAGGCGUCACUGUCCGAGGACGCAGAGGCAGAGGCGGAUGUCUUCCGCUGGCCCAGCACGGCGGACAGCGGCAGCGGCUCGGUGCAGCCCGCCGCGCCUCCGCCGGGCGUCUGGACGGCCGUGUUCGACUAUGAGGCCACUGCGGACGAUGAGCUCAGCCUGCGCAGGGGCGAUCUGGUGGAGGUCCUAUCCAAGGACUCGCUGGUGUCGGGAGACGAGGGCUGGUGGACCGGUAUGAUAGCGGACCGGGUUGGCAUUUUCCCGUCCAAUUAUGUCAGCGAAAGAAACGGGGAGGACGAGGCAGGCCUGCGGGAGAGCUCGGAGCACUCGGUGCCUCCUCUCCACCUCCUGGAGAUCGAUUUCUCAGAGCUCACCCUGGAGGAGAUCAUCGGGGUCGGUGGUUUUGGCAAGGUCUACCGCGCGGUGUGGCGGGGCACGGAGGUGGCCGUGAAGGCAGCCCGACGGGACCCGGACGAGGACGCGGCGCAGACUCUGGAGAGCGUGCACCAGGAGGCCAAGCUUUUCGCCAUGCUCAACCAUCCCAACAUCAUGGGUCUCCUGGGGGUGUGCCUGCAGGAGCCCAACCUUUGCCUGAUCAUGGAGUACGCUCGAGGAGGGUCUCUGAACCGGGUCCUCGCUGGGAAACGCAUCCCGCCUUGCACGCUGGUGAACUGGGCGGUGCAGAUUGCACGAGGCAUGCACUACCUCCACGACCAGGCCAUCGUCCCCAUUAUACACAGAGACCUCAAGUCCAGCAACAUCCUGAUCCUUGAGCGGGUGGAGAUGGAAGACCUCAGCAACAAGACUCUGAAGAUAACCGACUUUGGACUGGCUCGGGAGUGGCACCGGACCACCAAGAUGAGCGCCGCCGGGACCUACGCCUGGAUGGCUCCUGAGGUCAUCCGCUCGUCCACGUUCUCCAAGGGUAGCGACGUGUGGAGUUAUGGCGUUCUGUUGUGGGAGCUGCUGACCGGCGAAGUUCCUUUUCGAAGUAUUGAUGGUCUCGCCGUAGCGUACGGGGUGGCAAUGAACAAACUGGCUUUGCCCAUUCCCUCCACAUGCCCUGAGCCUUUUGCACGUUUAAUGGAGAACUGCUGGAGCCCAGAUCCUCAUUCUCGGCCACAGUUCAAAACUAUCCUGUACCAGCUCACGGCCAUUGAGGAAUCGGGCUUCUUUGAAAUGCCAACAGAGUCCUUCCAUUCCCUGCAGGAUGACUGGAAACUGGAGAUACAGGAAAUGUUUGAUCAGCUUAGGACCAAGGAAAAGGAGCUGCGAUCCUGGGAGGAAGAGCUGACCCAAGCUGCGCUGCAGCAGAAGUGCCAAGAGGAGGCGUUAAGGAAGCGUGAGCAGGAGCUAGCAGAAAGGGAGAUCCACAUCGUGGAGCGGGAGCUGAACAUCAUCAUCCACCAGCUCUACCAGGAGAAGCCGCGCGUGGAGAGCAGGCAGGGCAAGUUCCGCCGCAACCGCCUUAAACUCAAAGAUGGGAACAGGAUCAGCCUGCCCUCGGAUUUUCAGCACAAAAUUACAGUGCAAGCGUCUCCAUCCCAUGAUCAUCGCAGGAGUCUGCUCAGCAGUGGGUCCAGCCCUCCCACCAGCCCACUCAUGCUGCCUCGCCUCCGAGCCAUCCAGCUUACUCCAGGGAAGGACUGCACAGAUAUCGAGAGAAAGGGGUCGAGGAAGAAAGGCCGUUCCCGUGCGUGUGGCGUAUACAGGGAACACAGUGCAGAUGCCAGUGUGAAGCCUCCCCACGAGGACAGCAGGCAGCGGUCCUGCAGCGCUCCAAACCUCCGCAGAUCCCCGAGACACAGUCCAGCUGUGCCAGGAGUGCCGAGCCUGCUGGAGACAGAAAAUGAAGAUUGCUGCUUCACCACAGAGCCAGGUGCAGCUCCUGGCCAGUCCUACCUCUGUAUCCCCUUCCAGAAAGACGCCCACGCAUCUUCUUCCACCAACAACGAUGGAGACGAGUACUGCAUCAGCAGCCAGGCCCCGGGAACCCCACCCUGCAGAAAGAGCCCAGGCUCAGGCCGCCGUUCUGAGCUGGUCCUGCUGGGCUGCGGAGCUCUGUUGGCGACUGUUGGACUGGGCUGCAACCUGCUAACUUUGACCCAGCCCGAGGAGAGCGUCAAAUCCAGGUGGGAGGGUUUCUUCCACAGAACAGGCGGCCAGAGGCGCAGCACUAGCUCCCCAACUCGCAGACUGUUCCAGAGGGAAAGCCCGCUGAAGACCGCGGCCCCCACCCUGCCCGAGCGGGCUUUGCCCUCUUCUUACACGCUCCUGUCCUUGUCAUCGGUGUCUGACUCGAACUCCACCCACUCGCUGCUACGCUCCGACAGCGACGAGCUGUUGAUCUGCCGCCCCUCGUCCAGGCCCUCCGUUCCCCCUCCGCUCUCACAGCGCAGGGAGCCCCAGACGCCGGUCAACUCCCUGGUCAACGUUCACGUGGAGAGCUUCAAGCGCAACCCGCACCAGUCUCUCACGCCCACGCACGUCCCCUGCGUCCCGCCGUCCUCGCGGGGCCUCCGCAGGACCCCGUCGGAUGGAGCCAUCAAGAAGAACGGCCCCCUCAACUUGUUGGAGCCAUUGCCGGAGAAGAAAGCUUUAGACAAUACAGCAGGUGGCUUCAGGGGUUUAAAAGAGGAAGGCUCCGAGGUCCCCCGGCUUCCUGAUCCAAACUUAGUAUUCCCCCCGACCCCUCGCCGUCGCUGCGCCCCCGAGCGUCCUAAAACCUUGGAUUUUGUGGCUCGGCCUCGUCCUUCGCCUCGCCCGCGGGGAGACGUGUUCUGGGGAGACUCGCGGCCCCGGGGCAACGGACAGAGCCUGGGCAGCGGUGAGUCGCCCGCCUACACUUCCAGCACAGAGACGCCGCCCACUGUAGAGUUUGGUAGAGACCCCGCGGUGCUGCCCACCCCCAUGGAGCCUCCGACUCCCUUCUCCCCCCGCAGGAACGCUAACCUGUUGGAUCGGUUGGACGAGGGGCAGUGUCGUGAUGGAACGGUCCCCCUCUGCAGACCGGAGCUCGGCCUUUCAAAAGACUCACCUUAUAACCCAGGGUUCUGGUCCUGACUCAGUCCAACACAUGGACGGAGGUGGAUCUGCUGUUAGCUGUAGGAAUGUCACCACUCUGACUAAGUUAGGUUUAAUUAAAACUGGGAUCAGUAAACCUUCCUCUGUCUACAACACUGAAACAAAAUUGCAAUACGGUGACUUUUUUUUUUUUGUGCAUUAGUUUAACUAUAUUUUGCAAAAUAAUUAUCUAAAUUGGCAUCUAAAACAGCUGAAACACAAGAAAAUGUAUUGUAUCGACCCAUGUCUGGCUUUAUAGACCCCUCAUCUCACAUACAUCAGCUCCAGGUUGUGGCUUCUUUCUGCAGAAACUGUCUGAUAGUGUCCUGGCAGAGAAUGACUACCAUCUUCACAAAGCUUUACGCUCCCUAUUUUAAGCUUGAGUUUGGAUCGUGCAUUCGAUGAAGUGCACUUUCGUGAAAAUCACCAUGAAUGUAAAAAAAACCAGUUGUUUUUUUUCUUUAUUCCCAGAAAGUAAAUUGUAAAACCACUUGAACUCCUCUGCUCCGCCUGUUUCCCGCUGGUGUUCUGCCGGCGGAUGGAUCCCUGUUUUGCACCAAGUACCCUUCCUCACCGCUCCCUUGACAUCCCACAAGCAGGGAGCGCUGUUGUUUGAUGUGAGCACUCUUGUUUUUUUGCAUUUUGUCUGUAUUGUCGCAACUAAAGGAACCAGAGAGAAUGUCAGAGGGUUCAUUGAUUGUCUUUUGUACUCCUUUUUUUUGUUAUUAUUAUUUAUGAUCCAGUUAAAGACAUUGAGAAAUGAUUCUAAAAGCCAAAAUUGGGAACUUUGUGCUCGUAUAUUGCUGUUAAAUUAUUGGGAUAAGAAAAGUAAAGCUUGUUCCGUAGGGGUGGUGUUUUAACACCCACAUGGGAAGCAUGCCCAGGUGAUGUGUGGAAGUUUGUUUCAUAUUAUUUAUUUAUUUAUUUAUUUAUUUAUUUGGUGGCUUAUUUUUUAUCCUAUUUGCCUUGAUUUUUGACAAUUGUUAAUGCUUUAUCUGAAUGUUUCUGGAGCUUUCAGCCUUUGCGCAAAGCAUCAAGUCAUUUGUUUCUAAGCUGCACUUUGUUCAUUGCUCAUUUAUCUUCCUUUUAUUGUCUAUUAUCAGGGCUUUCAAAGCUUGUCAACCAGGGAAUCAUUUUUAAGGGGGAGUAGCUGGACAGCUCCUUGUUUUUUGUUGUUGUCUUGGGUGAGAUUUUUUGUGUUGUGUUUUUUUAACUGUACAAAUUAUUUUGAUUUAAAUUGAUUGAAAAUAAUAAGUCAUUUUUAUAGUGUCUUUGCCAAGAAAUGUAGCUGCUCAGUGAGCAUUUAUCACCAAACAGUUUUUGUUGUUUUACAGGCAUUAACUUUUAAUGAUUUCCAGUUGUUUUGUGGGAAGAAAUAAUUUGGAGAACACCAUUAGCUUUCUUUAAAUGAUGAUAAAGAUCAGUUAUCAGUUAGAUAACAUAAUAAUUUUUACAAACCUUAAAAAACACUGACGGAUACAUAUGAGAUUUAAAAAAAAAAAAAAAAAUUUCAUUUUUAUUGAUUUAUUUAUUUAUUUAUUACAUGUAACAUAAAUGUUAUAUAAAUAAUUGAGAAAAAGAGCUGAAACAGUUCCCAAUGCCCAAUUGCAUCACCUUAUUGUUGUUUUUUAUUUCAUUUUUAUUUAAGGGACCUCGAUUGUAAAAUGCGGGAUCCCUUAGUCUUUACAUGUGUAAAUUUGAAUGCCUCGGCACCCCGCCCCCCCUCCUCCAAACCCCCCUUCAGAACUGUGAAGAACAUGAUCAUGUUCGACAUAAACCACAAACAUCCGUUUGAAGUCGUGGUGAAGCGACGCUGAGCUCUUGGAUGAAAUGUGAGCACAAAUAAGCUGAAAAUACUGUUUACUAACAUUGUUUGUGGGGUGGGGGGGGGGCAAUACUGUUAUUGCCAUGGGUGACUUGUAUUUGCACUGGAACACACUGACUUGAGUAAAAUCCUAAGAAAAAUGUAA